AUGCUGUGAGAUCAUGAUGAUAUUGGACUUCUUAAGAUGAAAGACAAGAAUCCAAUGGUCAAAUUCUUGCAAGAAGCAAUAGAUCUGAGGCACGAAGUUGACUAUAAGCUGUGUAUGCCCAUUUUUAAAAAUGAAAAUGGACCAAAAAAUUCAUUAUUAGACUUUUACUGUGCUUUAUUAACAGCAUUUUGCAUAUGAGAGUAA